AUGAAACCAAAAGUUUUUCGGACCAAUAAGCUCUACAUCAUCAUCUUUCUUGUUUUUGUGAUCUUCAUAUUAUUCAUGAAAACCAGAAGAAAACCAAUGGUCGAACCGUUAAUCCUGACAGAAUUGAAGAAAAACGUGCAGCAAUGUGUGUCUCGCAUCGAAAAUAUGACUUUUCUCGUUCCGGAGGACGCAGAAAUCACAGAAAUCGAUAAAAAGUACGAAAAAACAGUUCAACUUCAUCUCGGAGGCUUCAGGGAUGGCGGAUUAGGUGAGUAUCAAGAAAUGCGUCAACGCACCGGAAACGCGCCAACUCACCGAAAACGCGCCAACGCUCAAAAACUGCGUUAG